CCUGGGCAGACACAACACGAGCAGCCGUGUCUUGGAAAUGUUGAAACACUAUGAACAGAUUAAAAACAAUUCCAUUUUAGUACUAAGUUCAACAUAUGCAAUAUACAAAUUGCGGAGGAUGGAUCCAUCCAUAAUUUGUAUUCUGUGGCUGAAAUCACCAGCGCUGGUGACAGGUUUUGCUGCCUCGUUGUAUUAUAGUGUGGUGAGGGAGUUUAUUGUUCCUUUGUUAGGAAUACCAGCUGUGAUUGUGCACAAAAAUUUAUUGAGUGUGAACGAAGUGUCCCGAUGGCAAAAGAUCGGGGUCCGAGCCUUCGGCUUCCCAGUGAACAGCCCCAACACAAAACGCUACUACCAAUUAGUUCUGAAUACCUCAUAUUUAACAGAGUCCAUCAAAACGGAGCCGCCAAUUAAAGUACAAAAAAUUGCACAAUAAUAUUUAUAUUUUGUCUAAAAGUCAGUCAGUCAAUCAAUCAACCAGUGAGUCAUCGAGUCAGGAAGGAAGGAAAGUAUUAUUAUUUAUUUUAGUCAUUUUAUGGAAUUCGACCGUACUGUUUUAGGUUUAAGUUAAAAGGUAAAAGGUAGAAGUCAAAAGUCAAAAGGCAUUUUUUAAUUAAGAGAGAUUUGAGUGUUUAUUUUUAAUAUAUAUGAUUAAGUUGUUGUGCAGUGUGUGGAUUUUGUGCAAAAUGGUAAAUGGUAAAUGAUUGUUAGGGCAAAAUUGUUUUUUAAUUAUUUAGUGAAUUAUAAGCAAGA